GUCUCUCAUGACCAAACAAAGAGCAGGGAAGAGUGCAGCCAGAAAGGUCCAAGUAGAUGAGUUUGUGGCAGCCUUUCCCUGUGGCCAGGGAGUGCAGCUGCAUCUCAUCAUUUCUUAAGACCUCACAUUUCAGAGGGAUUCCUUUGCCAUUCCAUCUAUCACAGUUAACCGGAGCAAAUGGAUAUCAGGAUGCGAGUGGUUACUGUGUUACUGAUCCUGUUCUUCUCCAGGUCUGCUGAAUUCAGGAGGGCAAAAAAUGGUGGUUUUAAAAGCAGAGUGAACAUGGCAGUGCCCAGGGCCCUUAGGAGGAGUUCAGUUAAGCGGUUUGCUGCAGCCGAGUGCAAACAGUAUUCUGAGCUCAAUGAAAAAUACCUGGACUGCCAAGACAGAAAGCUGACUCAGGUUUCAACUCACUGGCCUGAGGACAUUCUCCAUAUGUUGCUGGCAAGAAACAUGAUCCGAAGGCUGGAGGAUGACAUGUUUGCAAGGUUUAAACAUUUAAAAAGCUUGGAUCUGCAGCAGAACGACAUCUCAGUGAUUGAAGAGCGAGCCUUUGCAGGUUUAAAUAAAUUGACAACGCUGUUGCUUCAGCAUAACCGGCUGCAGGUGGUUACUGAGGAUGUGUUUAUCUUCCUACCUCAGCUCAAGUACAUGCGCAUCUAUGAGAACCCUUGGGAUUGUAACUGUGAGCUGGACAGCCUCGUCAGAAAGCUUCAAGUCCCAAGCAAUCGGAACCUAGGAAACUAUGCAAAAUGUGUCUGGCCCAAAAAUCUAAAAGAUCAAAAAUUAAAGAAGAUAAAGCCGGAGUUGUUAUGCCCAGAGUUGGAAGGGAUAGAACCAAAUGAGCCACAAAAUCAGGUUCUUGGCCCUGCUUUUGUCAUCAAAGAGGUUGAUUCCACAACGUGCCAUACCUACAUGUUCCCCACCAUUCUACUAGACUGCCACAACAAAGAUCUGAAGAAAGUUCCAGCUGACAUCCCAACAGAUGCUGUUAAAAUUGACCUCUCUGGAAACAAAAUCAAACAUCUAAAGUCCAAGGAAUUUGUUGGACUGAAGGACUUGAAGAUAUUGAACCUUAGCAGUAAUGCCUUAGAACACAUUGACACAGUUGCCUUUUCAGGUCUUCUGAAAUUGAGAGAACUGGACCUGUCAAAUAAUGUCUUACAUUACAUUGAAUAUGGAGUAUUAGAGGAUCUCUACUUUGUCCAAAAGCUGUGGGUGGGAAAUAACCCUUGGAGAUGUGAUUACAACAUUCAUUACCUGGAUUACUGGCUGAAACAUCACCGCAGCGUGGAACACACUGGCCUGAUUUGCAAGACACCGGAGGAGUUUAAAGGCUGGUCUGUAUACAACUAUGUUAAAAGUUACAACGAAGAAUGCCCCAAAGAUAAACUGAUAUCACUGACCGAAACAACUCAGGACGACAAUGCAGAUGCAGAAGAAGUGGAAGAAGGACAGUUCAAUCAACCACAGCAUUUAAUUGGACCAAAAGAGCAAGAUAUGUACACAUUUAUCAGAUUAACAUAAUUAUACAUUUUAGACAACAUGUAAGGUUGAUUUCCAGCUUUAUUUUUAGUUGUGCAACUUUUAGAAAUAUUCUAAUUCAGUCUAUAUCAGAUAGCAAUCUGAUUCCUAUUUGUUUUCCAAUUUACUCUUUACUUUAUUUUCACUAAAACUAGAGUUAAAGGCUGUUUUUUUGUUGUAAUUUGUACUACACCGUAUGCAUAAAAAAGAAUAUUUGAUUUUUGUCAUAUUUCAUGUUGUGCUGUUGGUUUU